UGCUAGCCGUAGGAAAGUGCAGUCGAUUCGCGCCGAAACGUCCGCCGUCACUGUAUUGCAUCGCUGCCACACAAUCGUUGGUCUUCUAGACUUGUAGGGUCCGUUCUCCGCGCGCAACGUUUGUUCUGGCCCUUGGCUGGGCCACCACCACCACCGCCCGCACAGCGGCCUGUCAGUCUGUGGCGCAAUUCCAACACAAUCGGGGUCUCAGCGUAGGGUCCAUUUAUCAUCGAGAGGUGGAUGGAGAUUCACCACUGCAGUCGAUUUUUUUCAGAGGGAUAUAUUUUUGUGAAAUUGUCUUAUGAUUGACGACUGAGAGUUUGAUAAGUGUGAAGCAGUUGAGAAGAUAAAACCACUAGUGCUAUUAUACAAAGCCGGAUAAGUGAACCCUGCCGAUCGCUGACUGUUGUGAACGCUGACAGGAAGUAGAGAUCACCUCUACAAGAGGGAUCGGUGAAUGUGGUAAUUCAGCAGCAGCAGCAGUGUGAAAAAGUACGACAAGACAGCGGCAACCGAACGACAACGACAACAUGGAUACAUCAGCUAAAAUAAUUCUUUUAUCAGCGCUCAUCCUAACGACGGCAAUUAUCAGCAACGAUGGCCAGUUUCUGUCCGGACCACGCUACAGUCUGGACAAUAUGCCCAAAACCAGCUUCACAUGUCGCGACAAAAUCCUCGGCGGUUAUUACGCCGACUCGGAAACCCAGUGCCAGAUGUUCCACGUGUGCGUCAAAGUGUCCGGAGUUGGUGUGCAAGACUUCAGAUUCCUUUGCCCCAAUGGCACGGCUUUCGAUCAGGAAGCUCAAAUCUGUGCCGAUUGGGGCGAUGUCGACUGUGAAGCAGCCACACUCUAUUACGGCAGUGACAACUUCGAUCUUUACCGGAUUGGAUCCGGUUUCGAGAGCAAACGGGCGCCGUUCGCCGAGGAGGAAGAAGCCACCUUCCACUUGCAGCGGGCCGAAACCAAUGAUGCUAGGCGCAGCAAGCAGUACAUCGUAAAUCAAAGCUCAAAGCCUCAGCAGCCCCCUGCAUUUGCACCAAAUCCUAAUCAAAUCCCCUCGGUGCACAGGCCUCAAAAUCAUCGACAACCUGUGGUCUACACAACUACAACAACCACCACAACCACAACUACAACAACUCCACAACCAUUCACGACUACGACGGAAAACUACAACAAUAAAGCUAACAACCAGUAUCAGAAACAAAUUCAACAGAAACAUUUACAGCACAAGCAACAACAGCUGAUCUACAAUCAGCAACAGCAAAUUCAACAACAGCAGUACCGACAGCUUACCGCUCAAGCCGCCACUGCCACACCUGCAGAUCUCCGUCGGCAUGAAGACAUUCGAUCGACUACACCAACCAACUUCGUCAACAAUCAGCGACCGCAACAGCAGUCGCAACCGCAACAGCAAAAUCACCAACAGCAGCGCAACGAUUACAAUAACGAUGAAAUCUUCCGAGGAUCGCACAGUUCCCACUUCUUCAAUAACCGCAAUAAUGGGAAAGAGGAUUUCGAUGACGACUAUGUUCGCAAGCCUACCCAAACAAGCACUGCCGCACCGGCAACCACGACGAGCAGAACUCAAUCUAGGGGACGCAACCGCGGCAGAGGAAGUGUUCGAGCUCACAACCUCAACAUUGUUAGAAACGAUGUCAAACCAACUCCAACUAAGCAACAUACGCGAUUCCAGUCAACCACCCCUGAAGACUUUGUAGACGUACCAAAGAUUCCGAACUUCAAUCGUGGAUCCAACAACAAUUUCCGUCAACAACCGACAACAAUACUGCAACCUCAAAACAACACUCAGGUCAACUUCAAAGAACCACCAGCAUCUACCCCUGCACCAUUCUCCCGAGGACAACGGCCCACUCAGAACACUGAUACUAACCGUAACAAUAACGCUUUCUUCCAGCUUCAACAAGUGAACACUACUCCAGCGCGUACCCCACUUAUUCAACAAUAUCAAACAACUCCAGCAUUUUCACUACAGCAACGAUUCUCGUCCACCACAAUUGCGCCUUCAAACUUCCGAGUUGUGGCGUCAACUGCAACUAGUCGCAUAAAUGAACAGAUAGGCAGCUUCAACAACCAACCACAGCUCUACCAAGGAAAUUUCCAAAAUCCUUCAUCGACAACACAACUUCCCAACAUCAAUUUCCAGUAUUAUAAUCGCAAUCCUAGCAAUGAUUUCCGCACGUCCACUACUGUUGCUCCUACUACUUCCUCAACAACCACAUCAGCUCCUGCUCAACAGAAUUUUAACCCACGGGUUACCCAAGGUCCUCAAUUUUUCAAUACUGCAUUCGAGCACAAAGCUACCGAACGAACGGUCCCCGAACAGUUCACAACGACUCAGGAACCACAACGUGCCCGCGCUCAAACUCGCACGUUUAACGUAGAUCCCGUACGGCUUAGUCAGUUCAACUACAACGAAUAUCAAGGCAGUCGUACCAGCACCACUACCACCACAACCGCUUCUCCGAGCACUCCGCCAGCAUUCGACAGUAUAAAACCAUCCACGUACAACCCACUCAGCUACCGCCCGCAACCUCAGCAACACAUCCGCCACCACCCGCAAUCUCUUCAACAGAAUCCUUUCGAUCCGCGAACAACUGCAACCACUCCCGUGUCCACCUCAACAACACAACGCCCUGCAAUCACCAACGAGCGGUACCAAACCAUCUCUCGAAGCAGCAGUGAUAGCUACACACCUUCCUCGAUUAAAAAAUUCUCUACCCAUGUGCCCAAAGACCAAUAUAACCCCACAACUUUCAAACCCAAUGCUCUCAGCAAGAAAGCUCUGCUCCAAUUUGCAAUUCAAAAACCAGAAAAACCACAGGAAAAAUUCAACAACCCUGCUCCACCCCGUAGCACUAUAUACGUCCCAACUGUUCCACCCGUUACGUCCACUACCGUCUUCACUCCUACCACAACCACCACUACCUUCGCGCCUCCUACCCAGAGAAAACAGCAAAAUAACUUCUUCCAGCAGUCCCCACAGCGCCCACUCUCAAAUCCCACAACAACUCCCACCACUACAAUCACCGACAUCGACGAGGACGACGGCCAGUACCACCCGGAACUCUACGAGAAAGACUUCUACCGGAACCGCGUGAAAGCCAAGUUCAAUCAAGAACGCAAGCAAACCCACGAUCCCCUAACGUCCUCCCGAAACAACUUCUUCCAGCAGUCCACCCCGGUGUCCCAAUCGCUUUCCUCCAGCGACGAGGACGAAAUCUUCCGAACGGCUCACUCCCAGAACAUCGCAGCCAGCGGUAACGACCUCAUCCUGGAACGAGCUCGCCAAGCAGCAGCCAAAAUCAACGAAUUCCUCUCAUCCUCGUCGGUGAAACCGACCAUUCCUGCCGCUCCGCCCACCAAGAAAUCAUCACCAGCGGCCGUCAACUCCGCUUCCAGCAACGGAAGCAGCAAUAGCCGGGUCAAUCCUCGGCCGUUCUCCAAGGCCCCAACGAUCCCACCGAACGCCACCAGCACAAAGAGACCGUCCGACGAUAAGGACGAGUACGACUAUGCGUACUACGAUACCGGCAGUCCUGACGUCCCCGAGUACGACAUCAUCGAAGAUUUUGGCCGAACGCCCAAGAAGGCGUCGUCGGCGAAGAAGGUCAACUAAUCGAAACGGGGCGAUGCGCCGGCUGAGCCGCGAAUAUUGGCUGGGCGCGAAUGUAUAGUUUUUAAAGUAAUUUAAAUCAAUCCCUCUUAUGGUCACGUUUAAAAUCUAAACCGCGGAGGAAAAAAAACGAGACAUGGGAGAUGCGAUUUCUUUGUUUUAGAGAGCGAGAGUGAGAUGAGAAUCGUCUGCGCCCGGGGUUGCUAAAUAGAAGAAAAACUGCCAUUAUUGUGAUUAUCAUUGUGUCGAUUUUUUUAUGUCGUCGCUAUCUUGCGACUGACAGUCAACCGGAGACACGACAGCCAUCAGAGCUAUGGUUGGAGCGUGCGAGUAUUCAAUCAAUCGAUUUUUUUUCUCGUUCAUAAUAGUCUAUCGGACGGAAAAGAGAGACUGGGCCAAAUUGGGCGGGCGACACGAAGCCAGUAUUCAUCAGAAGAUAUUUUUAGCUACCUUAGUGUUACCAUUUCCUUUAUCAUCCGGACGAAACAAGCUGUCAUCCGUCAUUCUGUAGAACGAGCUUCAUUAAAUUAUUACGUUUAGACAGAAUCUUCUCUUGCUCUAGUAGGCUACUAUCUAUGCAAUGUUUCUAUCGAUAUGUCCUGUACAAUUAUUACUCCUUAAUCAUUUCUCCUUCUGUCCAACUGAAUCAAAAGAAAACAAUUGUAAAUAUAUGUUUCAAAUGAAAGCGAAGUGUAUGACAUAAGACAAAAUAAAGAAAACCGAUUAUAGAAAUA